UCCGCGAGAAGCAUCAAGCAUCAAAUCUGGAUCGUUGAUAAAGUUCUUCAAGCAUUGGAAUGGACCGCGAUGCUUAUCCCUAACAUCCGACGUGGCAUUUAACUGUGUUUAAAAACUGGUUUUGUGUCCGAAUACUUUUACUUCUCUCUCUCUCUCCUCAAAAAGCUAUCGAAGAAAAAGCUAUUUGUUCUGUUUCGAAAGGAAGAGCAGUGCUGAGUCUUGGGACAGUGAGCCUUUGGUAAGAAGUGUUUGCGGUGGAAGAGACCUAACAAUGGGGGAAGAGGAUUCAAAGGCAGCCGUUGAGCCAACAGCAACGAAGGCUACUUCUCUUGAAAAGCCAUCAGAGGCUGUGGCAGGAAACAAGGAGGAUAAUGCUGGAGGAAAGGAAACACAAGAAAUUAAGAAAGGUGAGGAGAAGGCUGAACCCGAGAAAAUGGAGAUAGAUGCUGAGACUGAUAAAAUGGAAGAAGAUGCUACGGUCACCAAAGAUGAGAGACAAGCAGAGGCUACCAACAUGGAUGAUGAUGGUGUCUCUGGAGGUGGUAGUACAGUGGAAGAUAUUGUAAUGAAGGAAAAUGUGGAAUCUAAAGACAGUAACAAUGGCAAAGAUGAUGACAAGCAAGAGACUAAAGAGGCAGACCACAAGAAAGCUGGGAAAGAAUCAGAGGAGGACGUAAAAGAUGAAGAGGAAAAAGCAAAUGGAACAAAACAGGAGGAGGAGAAGCUGGUAGAUGGAGACAAAGGGACAGAAAAAACUGAAAACGUGGAGACUGUGGAUGAAGAUAAAGAGGUGCAGACUGUGGAGGAAGACCCAAAAGUGGAGACUGUGGAUGAAAAGGAGGAGGAGGAUAGUGCAAAAGAGCAGAAUGAAGAGGGCUUGGUUGAGGAAGGAGAAGAAGUGAAAGAUAUGGAAGAAGAUAAAACAGAAAAAGUUGAAGAGGGAACUGUAAAGGAUGAGGAUGGCGAUGAAAAAGCUGAGAGCGGUGAUGACAAGGAAGAUGAGAAAGAAGAGAGCAAGGGUUCUAAAAAGCGUGGUAAGGGAAAGAGUUCUGGGAAGAAGGUUGGCGAGAAGACAAAAAAGGAUACAGAACCCAAGACUCCUUUCCCUGACCGCCCUGUGCGUGAGCGGAAAUCUGUUGAGAGGCUUGUCGCAGUGAUUGAUAGAGACUCUUCCAAAGAGUUCCAUAUUGAAAAGGGGCAAGGUGUAUAUCUCAAAGAUAUUCCCAACGUUGCAUACAAGGUAACGAGGAAGAAGUCGGAUGAAAUUUUGAAGUUGCUGCACACAAUUCUAUUUGCGAGGAGAGGGAAGGCUGCUCAGAUCAAGACAAACAUAUUGGGAUUCUCAGGCUUUGUUUGGCAUGGAAAUGAGGAAAAGGCAAGAGAGAAAAUAAAAGAAAAGCUUGAUAAAUGUAACAAAGAAAAACUGUGGGAGUUUUGCGAUGUGUUUGACAUACAUGUUUCCAAGGCUACAACAAAGAAGGAAGAUAUUAUUACAAAACUGAUUGAGUUUUUGGAGAAACCUCAUGUGAAAAGCGACGUUGCAGCUAAUGAGAAAGAUAAGUCAAGUACGGGAGCUAAGCGCAAGAGAACUCCCAAGCAAAGCUCGCCUGCUGCUGGGAGUUCAUCCUCCAAACGAUCAGCAAAGAGAAAGCGAAAGUCUGGAGAAGGAACAAAGGCCGUCAAAAAGAUUUUAGCUGAUUCUGAAGAUGAGUCUGAGGAGGAGAAAGAGGAAGAAGAGAAGGAGAAGAAUGCAGAAGAGGAAGUUAAGAACAAAGAGGAGGAGAAUGAAAACGGUAUUCCUGACAAAUCUGAGGAUGAGGCACCUCAGCCUUCUGAAAGCGAAGAGAAAGAUGAGCCUGAGGAGCAUUCUGAGGAAGAAACGCCAAAGAAGAAGCGUGGUUCGAAAGUGUCAGCUGGGAAGAAAGAAUCAGCAGGGAGAGCCAGAACCAAGAAACCUGCAGCUGCUGCAAAGUCCAGUCCACCUGAGAAAGUUACACAGAAGCGAUCAUCAGCAAAACGAAAGAAGACGGAUGAUGACAGUGAUGCAAGUCCAAAGGCGUCUUCUAAGAGGAAGAAGUCUGAAAAAGCUACCAAGGCCCCAGCCCCUUCAAAGUCUGCUUCAAAAGAGAAGCCAGAAGUAAAAAGUGCUGGAAAAGGAAAAGAGAAAACCAAAGGGCCAAGCGAUAAAGUGCUAAAAAAAGCAAUCGUUGAGAUUUUGAAAAGGGUGGAUUUUAAUACGGCUACAUUCACGGACAUCCUCAAAGAACUGGGUAAGGACUUCAAAGAAGAUCUCACCCCAAGAAAGUCAUCUAUAAAGGUGAUGAUCCAAAGCGAGCUCACCAAAUUAGCAGAAGAGGUUGAUGAACAAGAGGAAGUGGAGGAGAAGAAAGAAGAUGAUGCAGAGAAGGAGAAAGCAGUAGGGUCUGCUUCUGCUGAGGAGGAGGAGAAGAAAGAAGAGAAUGCAGAGAAGGAGAAAGCAGGAGGGUCUGCUGAUGCUGAGGAGGAGAAGGAAGGAGAUCAUGCAGAGAAGGAGAAAGCAGGAGGGUCUGCUGAUGCUGAGGAGGUGAAGAAAGAAGCGAGUGCAGAGAAGGAGAAAGCAUGAGGGUCUACUGGUGCUCAGGAGGAGAAGAAAGAAGAGAGUGCAGAGAAGGAGAAAGCAGGAGGGUCUGCUGUUGCUGAGGAGGUGAAGGAAGGAGAUCAUGCAGAGAAGGAGAAAGCAGGAGGGUCUGCUGGUGCUGAGGAGGUGAAACCUAAACUUCUUUUUAGUCACAUACCGACUCUCUUUUUUUUUUUCUCUGUCUCUCUCUCUCUCUAGCCAACCAUUUAAUCACAGGCACUGUUGCCUGAUGCAUAGUGCAAAUUUAUAAGUUAAAAACUGUGGAUGUAAUAUUUUGUUGUUGUUUUGUUUGAGUCUGGAUUGCGCAAACCAGUUUUACUUUUGGUAGAGACAAGAGGAAGUUUAGCUGCUUGCAUAGCCAAAGGAUAGGGUUGCUUGUAAAAUAUACAUAUACCAUUUAGCAUAAAAGCCUCCUUGGAUUGUCGUUUGAUUUGUGAGGCUUACUUUUCA